AUGGCGGAGCGUACGCAACUGACGGCGUGCAAGACAUGCCGAACCCGGAAGCGUCCGUGCGACAAGGCUGUACCGCGAUGUGCGCUCUGUGUCAAGGCCGACACGCCUUGCACCUUCGUCGACACCGCCAGUGGUGAAGAGUAUUCGCGGCAGCAGAUCGCCGACCUGGAGCAUCAGGAAGCGGAACUUCGCGCUGAGCUCUCCAGCACUGCAGGGAGAAACACCAGCGUGAAUGCAACUGCCGUGGAUCAGAAUAAUGCACAGUCUCCUCGCAAUGCUGCUCCUGCGGAAGGCAGUAACGUCCUCGAGACAAUCUUGAGCAAUCCACGUUUUCACCCUCAACGGCUGCGGCAGCUGCUCGUUCGGCGGCAGAUCCAACAGCCAGUGGAAACGCCUGCGGAGAUGCCACACCCUGACAUGGGCCACUUGAUGUUCGACAAUUACUUCAAAGAGUCGCAUGUACAGCGUCCCAUGCUGCAGAAAUCAGAAGUUCAAGGCCUGCUGCGUCGAGCGUAUCCGGAGGGGCAGCCUGGACAGCUGGAUUCACAGGACUCUUAUGUGUUCCUCCUGAUCUGUGCCAUCUCUGCAGUCCGCUUGAGACGGCAAGAACUGCUCACUCAACACCCGUACAGCUUUUUUCUGUCAGCUUUACGCCAUGCUGAGCAUGUCAACCUGCUUUCUGGCAUCACCGCCCUGCAGAAUUUGCUGUUGUUGAAUCGUUUUGCUGUUUACUAUUACACUGGCGUGUCCACCUGGGACAUUGGCCGAAUCUGCAUGCAUCUAUGCAUCACUAUGGAACUACACCUCAAGCCAUUGAUCCCGCUCAGGUCCUCCGAAGAACAGCAUCGCAGAAUUUUGUUCUGGGAAAGCUACGUAACAGAUCGUCACAUGUCAACCAUUCUAGGACGGCCAUUCGCCAUAGCCGACGACGACAUUGAGGUGGACCUACCAGCAGCUCUUUCCGGCACCGAAUUCGAGGGGUUCGAUGGUCUUGCUCAGCCCAGAGCUGAUGCUGUCAUGGAGUCGCCCAUGGCCGUAUUCAUUGCCUUCAUCAAGUUGCGGCAGAUAUCCUCCCGCAUACAGACCACUUUUUUCGCGAAACCCAAACGAGCAUCCGCCCAACUGUCGAUUCAUACGAAGAUGACCGUGUUCGGCGAGCUUCUCGACAUUCACCAAAAGCUUUCCGAAGAGAUCAAAAUGUGGCGGCAGCGUAGUCCAAUCUAUCUCCACGCUGAGACGUUCUACCAAAUGCAGGAAUGGUACGAGUUCCUUGCUGAAAAAGAGCAGCUCUUCCUAGUUCGUGGCGCCAUUGAUGCUAUCCACUCAAGAACCGGAUCGCGCCCAACAGAGCUUUGUGAUAUCUGCUGCUCUUCUGCAUCGAAGGUCAUUCAUCUCUACAGCGGGCUAUACUGGACCAAGCAGAUCAAUUGCACGCGUCACUACUUCCAGAUUCUUUUCACAGCCGGCCUGUUGUUGGCAUACUUCUCCACAAAUGAACAUCCGGACCAUUCCGAUAAAGCGUCCGCAGCCCAAGACCAAGAGACUAUGGCAACGCUGAUGGAGUGUCAUCGAUUAUUGCAGAGUCUCGGUCAUGAAAUGCAAGAUGCUCUGCCAUAUGCGAAGGUGUUUGGCUUGAUCUGUGGAGCGGCAUUCCCUAACUGGACGACAUAUGAGCCCCAUUGGCAAGCUUUGCAUGCGAAUGAUCCAGACAUGUCGAGGCGGGAACAUCUCUCCACGGGCACAUUCCCACUGCCAUCGGGUCUGAACAAUGCAGCGUAUGGAGACUUCGAUCAAGCUGUAAUGUAUUACGCUCAUGACACUUGGCCGGACAUGCCUACUGACUGGUCCUAUUCUCCUGGACACCUUUUCGCAGACAUGGAAGCAUACGUGGGCCAGUUCGCGACCGGCGACUUCACGUGGGACCCACUUCUCAACCCACUGUCGUGGAACAUGUCUGCAGAUGGGAUUGAAUAG